AUGGGCCAUGCAGAUAAAGACAGCGACAACAGAUCGUCGAUUAAACAUUGUCCGAUCCAAACUGUUCAAAAUGCGAGACAAGUUCCUCUUCUUCCGGUUCCUCAGAUAAGCGAUACGAUUGAGAGGUAUCUCCAAGCCCUGAAGCCACUCAUCCCGGACUUUCAAUAUGAAAAAGUCGCCUCUUACGCAGAGAAAUUCUUGAGCCAAACGGCGAACAAGCUGCAGAUCUUACUUGAAGCCCGGGCCAGAACACGAGUGAACUGGAUAACCGAUUGGUGGUUAAACGACAUGUAUUUGGAGCAAAACUGUCCCUUGCCAAUCAAUUCCAAUCCUGGAAUGCUGGUUCAUCGCAAUUACAGUCGCUCCAGAAGCGAAAAUGUCACCUUAAUCGCGACCAUCAUCAAAAGCACUUUACGCUACAAAACAAAAGUGGAAAACAACGAGCUUCAUGAGACGAGUGGAGGGCAAAUGGCAGGCUCGCAUCUGUGUAUGAAUCAAUACCGGAACCUCUUUACCAGGGCGCGGGAUUAA